AUGGUUCGAUUGGCUACCUGUCGUGUGAUCCUAUUCCUUAUUGUCAUGUCAGUUAGUGUUAGUCAAAGUAGACCUGUGGCUCCUGGAUCAUCAUUAUCAUCACGACUCUGGUUGAAAGAGACAGGUUUUCCAGUCACAUAUUUGGACCAGUCGGAUUCUUCAUCAGACGAUGUUCAACAAUUAAGAGACAAUGCACGGCGAAAGAGAAAUUGUUUAACAUAUGGCACAAAUAACAAACAUCGGGCAGCUAAAUGGAUGUGCUGGUGA